AUUCCAUACCUCAUUACCGUGUGUAGUUUAUAUGCAAUGAUGGAGGAAAUUGUGCAUAAACCAUGAUGUUCAUCGCAUCUUACGUAUUUCUCUUCUGUUUACAUUUUGUUCAUUCAAAAGCUGGACUCGGGACAGGAGUCUGCAGUCGUGAUCCUUUGAGAUGCUGUCCGAAUUAUCGACGUGACGGUACAUUCUGCAAUCCUUGUGAUGAAGGUACCUAUGGACACAAUUGCUCUGGAGGACAGUGUAUUUAUGGAUCGUAUGGAUUUGGAUGUUUAAAGAAGUGUAACUGUUCACGUGAUCAGUUUUGUGACGUAAUUACAGGAUGCUCAUAUAAUACCAGUGACGAAACAGAAACAAGUGGAGGAAUAUGGACGGUGAAUGUACCCUUCAUGGCCGUCGGUUUUGCCGGAGCAGUCUUUUUGGUGGCUAUUGUCGUUAUUCUUGUGAAGAGACAGAGAGUGAUGAAUGUGACUACCCAAGGAUUUUAUCUGGGAGUAAGCAGGCAAGUUGCUGAUACCACCUCUGAAAGCUAUAUGAGAGUGGAAGAAAAUAUCUACGAUGAACCUGAACUUGUUUCUUUGGAUUACAUUGAUCCUGUUGAUGAUAGCGAUAAAAAUAACUAUAUCACGAACAUGCAUGACAUACCACGAGAAGAAAGAGAAGAUAGGACGAAAGAAAAAUCUACAGUACUGUCCCUUCUCAUGAGGAAAAGAAAGGAAUCUGAAUUCGAUAAAGUGGACAGGGGAUACAUAGAUAUUAUGGAAAUUGGUUCCGGUACAGAUUCGCUUCCAGCAUCACCACCACUGAAAACAUUAACUACAACAUCAACUCUCCCACUACAAACGACAUCACAAUUAACAACAGAACCACCAGCACGAUUUCCACCAGUAGAAAAGAAAAAAAAUCAAUUGACGACGGCACUUUCAAAAGAAUUUCACCAAUCAGUAGCACGUGAGACAAACACCACGACACAACCAACUGUCGCAAAAGGAAAUACAAGCACAUCACCUUUAGACUCAGCAAUAGAUACACAAUUACCAACAUCUCUUGGAGUGAAAGUAACAAAACAGCCAUCAUCUCCAUUCACCAUCACAACAGAAAUAGUAACACGGCCACAUUCAGCAAAACCAGAAACAACCAACCUAUCACCAGUAGCACUGAUAAAAUUACCGUCAGACACCCUAUCAGAACCAAUAAAAACGACAUAUUCAACCACACUACAUAUACCACGUACAAGAAAAAACGUAAAAACAAAGAAAUUUUUGCAACCACAACCUACUACAACAGGACAACCAACGACAACAAGACAAACCAAUUCAAAAAGCAUACAGUAUAUGAUAGAUUUUCACGAAACCGCACAGAGAAAAAAAUAAGUUACAUUUCAUAUUUCAAGACUUAUAAUACAUACAUGUGUGGACGUCUAUGUAUACAUUCAUUAUGAUAUGUGUGUACAUUGUAUAUACAUGUACAACACUUAGCUUUCGCUUACUGUUCCAGAAAUAAUUUAUGCGAAUAGUGUAGACAAAUAUUUUCAAUUGACUAUACAUUUCCAAAUCACCAGCAUCAUCAUUAAUAAAAGACAGUAAUGAGAUGGUGGCAAAUUGGUUUCGGUGGUAAAAUGUUCUCGAUAAUAGUUCUACCUGUGUGGAAACUUGUCGCUAUUUCGACUUUUGUCAAUUGUGUCUGGAGAAGAAAUUAAACAACGAAAUACAUAACGGGGGAUUUGAACAAGAAACUACACAUAUUAAUAUUGGUCUAGGCUUGAAAAUUCUUAUUCUUCUGUUUCUGUCAAUCUUUAGAAGGAUGAUGAGGUCCAGGUCUUAAUGGUAGGACAGACACCGUUGGAAAAUUGCAAGGAAAAAUACUUUUUUUCCCGAACAAAUUCUAAAUUCUCUGCGGUUUUUUCCUAUAAUACUUUUAUCAACUAUCUGCUGAAAGUCCGCUGUGACAAUAGUAGUUCUGGUGCGUAUCAGAUGACACAUUUGUCAUUGGUUGGUGGAUGCAAAAAAAGAUUCGGUUUUGGAAAAUAUCCCACAAUGUGUAAACUCACAAGGAUGAACAGUGGAACACACACAUAAAGGUUUAUUUCCUUAUUUUUGUUUAUUACCUGCAUAUAUUCAUCCCUUUGUUCUCUGGUUAUUAUUGGUCACUAACGACAUACUAAAUUCAAAAACUGCUCGUGUAUUGUUUUUAACAUUCUUGGCUUUUACCAUUAAAUUUAUCACUACUUGGUAUAAUGUGACAUUCAUCUCACUGAAUAUUAGUCACAUAUUCUAGUGUACAUGUUGGGAUUGUGGCAGAGAUUUUCCAUAUGAUUUAAAGUAUUACUAAGAUCAAAAAAAGAAUACCGCACCAUGACAUCAAUCUGUACUUAUAAAUUAACACAUUUUGCCAAUAAACUCCGAAAUGCUUUUUCCAGCUUUACUGCUUUCACCUUUAAUAUUGUUUCAUAUGUGAGGUGAAGUCCAUAAGCUAUGAUAGAAUCUUAUUUCAUUAGUGAAUAUCGUAAAAUUAAUUAAAAAUCUAAUUUCGUUUUCGAUCAACUACCCCGAAAUAGCAAAAAAGUGGCUGAUCUAAGCCCGUUUCAUUUCUUUUGUUAUUAUGACAACUUAACAUAAAAUUAUAUAAAGUUAAUCUGUUGUUAAUCGAUGCUUGAUUUUGAUGUUAUAGAAGAUAUAAGUUUUGAUCAUGAACGAACAAAUAAGAUAUGCCUGUUCGUUUCCUCAAUCCGUUAUUUUAGUUUUGAAUCAGCUUAUGGAAACUUCCAGAACGAAGCGAGGCAACAUUAUACAACCAAUCGCACAUUCACGGGCCUUUCCGGCAAGCGUAGAAGUUGCGAUUGGUUGACAACAUGAUCAGCAUAAAAGUUUGUGGGUUUUCAGUGUUAGUUAUGAUAGUUUUGGCUAGACCCAUAUUAAUUAUUUUAUGAAGAUUUAUAGUUAUAUUAUUCAUGUAUAUCUCAUUCAACUAAUGACACCUCCUCCCCCCCCCCCCCCAUUUUUUGAUGUUCUUAACCUUUUCCGUGUUUAUAGAAGUCUGUUAUAACUGAAUUUUGUAAUGAGUUAUUAACAUGUACUGAUAUGCACAAACAAAUGGAUAAACACGAAAAAGUUUUUAAUUUGGUUGAACAUGUUUUGUGAUGACAUAGAUCUUGAAAGUAAGUAAUAAGUCGAAAAAUAUCCAAUAUGUCAGAUAUCGAAUGAUCCGGGACUGUUCUUGGAAGUUCGCGCCUUAUAACUUACAAGGUUUUAUUAAAAUUAUGUUGUAUACUAUCUCACAAUGUCUAAGAAAUCAUGACACUGUUGACAAUAUAGCAAUUUUUCUGUUUGUCAUUCCAGUGGCGCAUCCAACGGGUCGGAAACGCCCUCUUUCGUCAGAAAACCUUGCUACAAAGGGUAAAAGUCACGCAUUGUGAUCCCCCUUUGAACACCAAAAUUAGUGGUAGACCCCCUUUUUAAAAAGAAAAUUUCUGGACACGUCACAUGCAUUCAUAUACAUGUGGUGCAUCAUGUUUUUCAUUCUUGCAUUUGACGAGAAGAAACGACAUGAAUCCAUAAUUUCACCCUUAAAUUGUUGCACUGGACAAAAACUACCAUUGUAAACACAUU